CAAUAGUGAGCGACAUUGUACAAAAUCACUGCAAGUGAUAACCUCCCUGUUCAGUGACUGUACAUAUGAAACACUGUGCUAUAGUAGAAGAGGAAGAUUCUCUAGUGUUUAUUGUAGCACAUGGCUCCCCGCCUUACCAAUUCAACCUCUUGUAUGGGGGAGUUUUUCCUCUUGAUAAAACUUAUGGGGAAAUAGAAUUGAAAAACUUCUGUACUUUAGCAAUACUGGCCCAUAAAUUGGGAAGGAGAAUGUCGCUAUCCGUUCAGGUAUUUUAUCACAAGAACAACGCUGCUGCAAAUUUUGUUGUCACAAAAAAUACACCGUCACUCAUUCGAGCUGUCAAAAAAGAGUAUUCUCGUCUGUUCCUGUACCAGCAAACCCUAACCAUUGUGUGACUACACCACAAAAGCAAUUACCCUCUCAAUACCAGCGAAUCCACAGGCUGGAUGGACUAUUGUACCGGAUUUUGAUCCUCCACAGAUUUUAACGCGACUAAUUCGAGAAUACAGGGAGGGUAAAACACCACCAAGCAUACAACUGAAUGUGAAAUGGACAGGGCAAGGGGAACCAAAGGAAGAGGAACUGAAAAUAAGAGUUCAUGGAUGUAUAUUUACAACCUUCACCCUUUUCAGUAAGUAUUUCAUUCCGUCAUCUAUAGCAACUCAAUUACAAAGCCAGCACCAACCACUAGGCCUUGGACUCCAGUCUACUGCUCCACUGUCACCACUGUCUUCGGUCUCUUCAAAUGCCCCCUCUCCGCCUCGCACUCCAAGAGCAUCCCCUGCACAACCAACAGCCAGCCUCAGUCUCACAAUGUCAGUUGAGUCUAGGACUCUUCGACGAAGCAAUACAGUGUUCACAAGAGGGGUAGACCCUGAUAAUCUGGUUACAGUUCUCUACAGUAACUUGCUGCUGACUCCCGAAGAAAAGGCCAGAGCCACACAACAGACGCUGACAAUCCACCAAAAGUUGGAGGAGAUUUUUCGGACGAUGGAGCGACGCAUUUCAGUAACCCCUGGAGACCUCCACGUAUUGAUUAAAGCUCUCAAGGCAGAACCUGCAACAAAGGCAGUCGGUGACAAAAUUCAAGAAAUUUACGAUGAGGAACAUGGGAAAAGGCAGGAGUAAAACGAGAAUAGCACAUUAUAAUACAUGUCUUUAUUGUUCGUGAAUUUUUUCGAUGGUGCUUUG